GAUGGCGGGCCCAGGGCGAGCGGCGCCCACGUGCCUGCUGCUCGGAGCGGCGGGCGGCGGCAAGACCCUGCUGGCCAGGCGGCUGCGUCAGCUGAGCGCCGAGGCGGGGCCUGUGGAGCUGGGCGAGCCCCCGGCCACGCUGCCCACGGUGGGUACCAAUCUGACCGACCUGCGGCUGCCGCGGAAGGUGACGGUGCGGGAACUGGGCGGCUGCAUGGGCCCUAUCUGGCCUAGCUACUACGAUGAAUGCAGCGCUCUCCUGUUCGUGGUCGACGCAGCCAACCCCACCCAGGUCUCCUCGUCCUGCGUCCAGCUGCUGUCCGUGCUCUCCGCAGCGCCUCUCGCCUCCGUGCCAGUGCUGGUCCUCUUCAACAAGAUUGACCUGCCCUGCUACAUGUCCCUGGCAGAGAUGAAGUCGCUGUUCCGCAUGCAGGACAUCGUCUCCUGUGCCACGCAGCCCAUCGCAAUGCUGGAGACCAGCGCCCGCAACGGCACCGGCCUGGCCGACGUCCUGCAGUGGCUUCAGGCUGUCCUCGGAGACCAGCGCUGACCCUCACCCAACUCCUGUCACCGAAGAAGGUGGCUGGCAAGCAGCUGCCCUGAGCAGGACCCGGGACAGCAACAGGGACUGGUGGAGAGUAGGAGCCCUGUGGGACUGUACAGUAAAACUUCCACCAUAAUGUC